UUUGAUUUUCGUCUUUUCGGAGAAAUGAAGUGUCUAAAGAUUAUUACGAUUUUAUAUUAUUUUAUUCAACUGACGAGUGCAAGUUUAGAUACAAAUCAGAACUUUACCUUAUACGAAGAUGGACCCGACCCCCAUUUGGGUGAUAUAUUAAAAUCUGGCCAAGAAAUCAUUAAACUGCGUUUGCAAAUUGUCGAUUUCAAUAUGGAGAAACAAAAUCAAACACUUAUGGAAAUCAAUCACAGAAUGCUAAUUCUAGAGGAAAAUUUCACAAAACUAUUCAAAAUAAUCGAAGGUCAACAAAAUUCAAGGAGUCUAUUAACAGGAGAAGGGUAUGAGUCAAUGACUGAAGAUGCCAUUAAUUGGGAGAGUGGCAAUGUGACUUUAAGGACUACGAACAUUGACGAAAUUGUUGCACCAAAAAAAAAAAAUGCGAAUGCAACAGAAAGGAUUUUUAUGACGGAAUUGCACGAAAAGGAGGAACCCAAAUUGUGCAAAUUAAAGGCCAAUGACAAAUUGAGUUGUACUGAACUCGCUCUUCCUGCUACUUGCAAAGAUUCCAAUGAGUUUAACUGUAUUCAAAAUAAGUGUCGCAUUAAAAAUGCCAUUUAUGGCGACAAAUCCUUUUGGGCUACUUGUGAUGGCGAUUGGACGAUUAUACAACGACGCAUUAAUGGCUCCGUCAACUUUCGUCGUAAUUGGCAGGAAUAUAAACAAGGAUUCGGAGAAUUUGAGGGGGAAUUUUGGCUGGGAUUGGAUAAAAUACACUCAAUCACCAAUGUCAGUGGACCCGUGCAACUUCAUAUACGAAUGCAGGAUGUUGACAACGUUUGGAAGUAUGCCCAAUAUGAAACCUUUUCCAUUGGCAAUGAGGCAGCAUUGUAUAAAUUAAAUCCCCCCGGGACUUAUUCGGGAAAUGCUGGCAACUCAUUUGAUAUUCAUCGUGGAGAGGCAUUUUCGACUUAUGACAAAGAUAACGAUAAGAAAUCCGAUAAAAAUUGUGCCGACUAUCUGCAGGGCGGUUGGUGGUACUACCAUUGUGAUCUCAGCGAAAAUGAGAGUAAUUUAAAUGGUGUCUACUAUAAGGGGGGUGUCAUAGUUCCAGACAAACCGGGCAUAUAUUGGAAAGAGUUUCGUGGUACAGCCCAAUCGCUGCAGUUUGUGGAAAUGAAAAUUCGACCGAAGAGUUGAAACUUAAAUUUCACGCAAAAGAAAAAAAAAAACUGACUAUAUAAUGUCCUUUUGUAGAUAUAACAUAUUUGACAAAGAAAAUACUUUCUAGUUAAAAAAAAGA